AUGCCUCUUCUCGGCCGUGAUAAAGCUCGUCCCAGAUCUCGCAGGUCGGACGAUGAGUUUGUGGUAUUCCUUCAAGGCAUCCCACCUCAUUGCCGCUGGCAAGAACUCAAGGAUCUCGUUCGCCAAACUGCACUGCAUAUUCGUCAAGCAGUAGUAUACGAUGAUAGCCAUGGAUUCCCCACCGGACUCGGCCAAAUCAUCGUCAAAAACGAAGACGAGGCCUGGCGAACAUACCAUCGACUCUCGACCUGCGGAUGGGACGGCCAGAGCCUGGUCGUCACACUAUCGCGGACCAGUACGCCCACUAAGCCCAUUGCCGGGCCUACCAGAAGCCCAGCAAUGAUGCCAGGCUACAUCUCUGGCCAGUCCACACCUCCAUUAGUGCAUGGAAACAUGGCAAUGCCCCCGUCACCCGUCUCACCAGAAUCACCCCAUCCCACCGCUCCACCAUAUCCAUACCCAGAGUACGGCGUCAUGAUCGUACCCAUGCCAAUGCCGCCUCAAGGCUUCAUGCCUAUGAUGCAAGAUCCACACGCACCACCGAUACAGUGUUUCCCCCCAUCCCCAGUAAUGAACGCAAUGUACGAGCCGUGGAACAUGAUGCCAGGCUAUCCGAUGCCCCCUUCACAACACAUGCACACAAGCGAUAAUCCCCCACAGCCCUACCAGCACUACCAGCAACGCGGAUCUUCCGCCAAAGGCACGAAUCCCAGCUCUCCGUCUUUCUAUCCAAACCGGCAAGCCAUCACCAUCGAGAACUUGAACGUUGCAACUACAUGCGCCGACCUAAAAACCCUUCUACAAACAGCCGGUACUGUCCAGAAAUGCAGCAUAGUAUCUACAGACUCGGCCGAUGGUAAUGGCCGGCUCCGUGGCUUGAUCAAGAUGCAAACAGCAGACGAAGCCCAGUGCGCUGUGACCAUGUUCAACAAUCUGAGCUUCAUGGGCUCGCGGAUUAGGGUCAAGGUUGAUUGUGGCUCGCAUCUUACGCGGGCUGUAAACGUUGAUGAAGUGUUAGGUGCUUGUGCUGGCUCAGACACCGCGGGCUCGGUGCCGGGAGAUGGGGAUACGUGUCAGUCAUGGGCUGAGGAGAUGUCGGCAGAGGCUAAUUCUGUUGAUAUUUCUAAGCCGCUGGUUAUAGAUGGGUCUGGACUGGGUUGA